CGGGACGAGGUUCAAUUUCAACAAAUGAGCUGGCGAGUCGAGCCUCGGCCAAAACAAGCCAAUUAUAGCAGCACGCCCUAAUACGCAUAUACCCCUCUCGCAGAAGGCUGUAGCACGCACCCCGUUCCUCACCCCCGACCAUCACUUCUUCCCAAUCCAUCAUCCUCCCGAGGCUUCAGGGUCUCAGAAUUCCAGUUUAGGGUUCCACAGCCAAGCUUGCAUGCAAAACGGCUACUACUACGGCACUACUACUAUGCGGCGCUAGCCAGCGGGCCUCGAGAAAAGCUACCUCCCUUUCCGCCCCGCCACUCCGCGUGAUGCUGCCGCCUCGUCGCCGCGCUCGCCCCCAGUUUGCCGACCGCCACGCGGACCGCCACUCCGACCGCCAUGCCCUGCUGCGCUUGCGCCGCUGCCCUUGCGCGGUCGCCCUCUCGCUCCUCGCGCUCUCCAUCUCCGCCCUCCUGCUGCUCUACUCCCCCGCGCCUCUCUCCUCCCCGCGCCUCCCCGCGCGCAACCACUCCGCCCUCGCCAGUACAUCCCCCCUCGCUGCGCGCGUUGCCGCAGGCGGGGCGGUGAGCUGGGCGCGGCGGGCAUGGCGGGGGCAAGCGGGGGGAGCUGCAGAAGGGGAGGACGGGGAGGGGGAGGCGUCGGGGGGAGGGCAGGCGGGGAUGGCGCGGCGGAGGCAGCUGUGGGCGCGGGGCCGCCCGUUUCAAGGCGCGGGGGGGCGGUUGUGGCCGGGGAGGGUGUGGCGGGAUGAGGAGAGACGGAGAAUCCAGGCGCACGGGGGGGGCGUGCUGUACGUGGCGGGGGAACGGCGGUACUACUGGUAUGGGGAGAACAAGGAGGGCGAGACAUACGCAGUCAAGGGGUCGCUGGAACGGGUGGACGUGGUGGGCAUCAGCUGCUACUCCUCCUCCGACCUCCUGCACUGGACGCCCCACGGGGUGGUGCUGGCGCCCAACACGCGCGACCCCUCCAGCGACCUGCACGUGAGCCGAGUCAUGGAGCGCCCCAAGGUGCUGUUCAACGCGGCCUCGCGCCGCUACGUCAUGUGGCUGCAUGUGGACGACGCCGCUUAUGACCUCGCCAGCACUGGCGUCGCCAUCAGCGACCAACCACAAGGGCCCUUUAGGUACAUGGGCCGGUUCCGCCCUAAUGGGCAGGAAAGCCGCGACAUGACGGUGUUUCAGGACGAUGACGGCACGGCGUACGUGGUGUAUGCAAGUGAGAUGAACGCCGUGCUGCACAUCGCACGCCUCACCCCGGACUAUCUCGACGUCGAUGGUGGCUUCGUGCGCCGCUUCGUGGGGCGGUCCAGAGAAGCACCUGCUGUCUUCAAAUACCAACAACAUUACUUCCUGUUGACGUCAGCAUGCACAGGGUGGGACCCAAACGAGGCUGAGGUGCAUGUGGCGUCUCACAUGAUGGCCGACUGGCGGCUGCUGGGCACCCCAUGCUCCCACAACCACCAGCAGCUCCAGCAUCAGCAGCAGCAGCAGCAGGAGUGGGCGUGGCACGGGCAGUCCAUGCGUGCUCGCAGUGGUGCAUCACGCCCCCCCCCCUCGUGUAGAACCACCUUUGAGUCACAAGGCACGUUUGUGCUAGCUCUGCCCAACGCCCCGCCCGGUGUAUUUGUGUUCCUAGCAGACCGGUGGAACAAGCAUGACUUAGCGGACUCACGCUAUGUCUGGCUGCCCCUGCACCUGGUCGGCAAUGCGAGUGGCCCUACUCCUAGGGUUUGGUGGGGGGAGCACAGGGACGGAGUGGUGGGUUUGCAACAAGGUGCGGUGGAGAGCGGUGCUGUGGCACGUGCGGUGAUUACAUGGCACGAGAGCUGGGAACUGCCACAGGCGUGGUUGCAUAAAGCAGAGACUGCUGCUACCAACUCAGCGUAACUUAAGACAAAAGAGAGUACACCUGCCUCACUGUCACAACAGUAGUACCGGUACAUGUGUACCGUAUGCUAUGCUGUCAAGGCUCCAGCAAGGAAUCUCCAUGUGAGAAAUCCACAACAGUACCAACUACCCCUUGGUAAUGUGUGUAACAGUGACACUAUAAUCUUGUACUGUACAUGUAGAC